AUGGGAGCAGGGGAAUUGGGGGACUGGACCGAGAGGAGAGGGAAUUGGGGAGCAGGGGAAUUGGAGGAGAUUUGUGAAUGGAAGCAGGGGAAUUGGGGGACUGGACCGAGAGGAGAGGGAAUUGGGGAGCAGGGGAAUUGGGUUUUGAUUUGUGAAUGGGAGCAGGGGAAUUGGGGGACUGGACCGAGAGGAGAGGGAAUUGGGGAGCAGGGGAAUUGGGUUUUGAUUUGUGAAUGGGAGCAUGGGAAUUGGGGGACUGGACCGAGAGGUGAGGGAAUUGGGGAGCAGGGGAAUUGGAGGAGAUUUGUGAAUGGGAACAGUGAAAUUGUUGGGAGAUUUGUGCAAACAAACUUCAAAUUGUUGAAUGCUAAUGGGAAAUUAUACAAAUCGGAUUGUGUGGGAGCAAUUGAUGGUACCCAUGUUCCUGCAAAUGUUCCUGUUGAGAUUCAAGGAAAGUUUCGAGGUCGAAAAGAAGGGACAACACAAAAUGUUUUAGCAGCUAUAACUUUUGAUUUGAAGUUUAUAUAUGUUUUAGCUGGCUGGGAAGGAAGUGCACAUGAUUCACGGGUUUUAGGUGAUGCAUUAUCAAGACCUAGUGGUCUAAAAAUUCCAGAAGGGAAAUAUUAUCUUGGUGAUGCUGGUUACGGUAUUCGAAAAGGAAUCAUUUCUCCUUUUCGUGGAGUUCGAUAUCACUUGAACGAGUUUACAGAACAUUCACCAGAAAAUGAAAAGGAACUAUUUAAUCUUCGACACUCUUCUUUGAGAACCGCUAUUGAGCGAGGGUUUGGUAUUUUGAAGAGUCGUUUUAGAUCAAUUGAUGGAAAAUCUUUUUGGUCUUAUGAAACACAAGUAGAUGUUGUGCUUGCAAGUUGUAUUAUUCAUAAUCACAUAAUGGGGGUUGAUCCUUAUGACUUUCUUAUGGAAGAAAUAUGUUCGGAAAGUGAACCAAUUAGACGAACAAUCAACUUAAGUCAACGGGAGGAGAGGGAAGAGAAUAGGGAGUGGAUAACAAAAAGAGAAAUGAUUGCAUCAACCAUGUGGAAUGAUUAUAACACUCAAAGAAACUAGUAAUUGAGUGUUAGUUAUAUGUGUUUGUUUUUAUUAUGUCUUGUUUGAGUUUGUAUUAUAUUUGUUAUGUAUUUGGAGUAGAUGUUGACUUUAUUAUAAUUUAUCUUUUAAUUAUUAAUGGUAGUUGUUAUAUGAAAUUUAUUAAAUCUAAAUAUUGUAUGAUGUUAUUUUGUAUAAAUUUGUAAUUUCUUUUUUGUAGAAAUGAGUUCCACGCAAAAUGUAAAAUGCAAGGGCAAGCACUUCACAUGGUCUAAGCCUAUGUCUCACAUGUUACUUGAGAUAUUAGCUGAGGAGGCACUUAAAGGAAGCAAACCUUCUUCCACCUUUAAAGCAGAAUCUUUUGUUAAGGUGGCUACAGAAAUCAGUCAAAAGUUCAAUGUGCAAUGCGAGCCUAAACAUGUGGACAAUCAUCUCAAGACCGUGAAAAAAGAAUGGGGAAUAAUAACCAAACUUAAAAAUAAAAGUGGCUUUGGCUGGGAUGAUUAUUUGAAGAUGAUUACUGUUUCGAAAGAUGUAUAUGAUGAAGAAGUAAAGGCACAUCCCAAUCAUGACAAGUAUCUCAACAAAAAACUCGAUAUGUACGAGGCAAUGGCAAUUGUUGUUGGAAAAGACAUGGCAACCGGGAAUUAUGCCAAAUCAUAUGCUGAUGUCAACUUGGAAGAGAACACUGAAGAGCAAUCAAUUUCAAUUGAAAAUGAAGGGGAAUAUGAAGAAACUUCUAAGGAAAAAGAGACAUCUUCCUCUAGUACGCAAAAGAGGCAACAUAGGAAGAGAAAUCGCAUGUAUGAAGAUGAUGGUGUUGAAAAGUUGUCUAAACAGAUUGGAGAUGUAGCACUUGCAAUUCAAAGCCUCAGCAAAAAUCAACUUGAUGUUAAUGCGUUGUAUGCGGAAGUGAUGAAAAUUGAAGGCUUUGAUGAGAUCACUCUUGGGGAGGCAUUUGAUCAUUUGGUCCAAAAUGAAAUGUUGGCAAAAGCAUUUAUGGCAAAAAAUGCUAAUUUGAGGAAAAUUUGGGUUCAGAAUUUUAUGAACCAACACUACUACAGGCCUGCUUGCUAAGAUGGUUUGACUAUGUUUAAAAUUUGGGUUCAGACCAUGUUUGUUAUUUGACAAGUAUGUUUACUUGUUUAAUUCGGUCUAUCAUAUUUAUGCUUGUAAUUUGAACUAAUAUGUAUGUAUGUAUAUGACAUCGAAACUUAAUAUUUAUGCAUGAUUUUGUUUG